UCUCCGCCUGCUCGCGGCAGGCCUGGAGCCGGGACAACCCGGGCUUCGAGCCCGAGGAGGACGGGGCGGCGGCGGCGGCGGCGGGACCGGUGCUGGAGAUGGACGUGGAGUGGGGCAGCCGCGCGGCCGGCGCCGCGUCGUCGCUGGGCAGCGGUGCCGGGGGCGGCGGGCGGCGGGCGCGGCGCGGCCCCGCGGGGCGCGGCGGGGCCGAGGGGCCGGGCCGCCUCCCGGGGCCGCCCGACGGCGCCGCGCCCCGGAGAGUGGCCUGGGCCAAGCGCCUGGCACGGAGGCUGCGAGGUCUGUGGGGGACAAGGCUCAUGGAAGAAAGCAACACCAGCAGAGAGCGAUAUCUGAAAAGUGUUUUACGGGAGUUGAUUACUUACAUGAUUUUCCUUGUGGUCUUGUGUGUCUUGACUUAUGGGACAGUGAGUUCCAGUAUGUACUAUUAUACAAGGGUUAUGUCGCAGCUCUUCCUGGAAACACCUGUAUCAAAAACAGAGAGAACUGAUUUCAAAACUUUGUCCACCAUGGAUGACUUCUGGAAGUUCACAGAAGGCCCUUUGCUUGAUGGUCUUUACUGGGAGAUGUGGUACAACAACAAAACCAUGGCAGAAAACAAAAGCUUCAUUUAUUAUGAGAACCUGCUCCUUGGGGUGCCUCGCAUUCGUCAGCUGAAAGUCAGAAAUGGUUCGUGCUCAAUACCUGAAGAUUUAAAGGAUGAAAUCAAAGACUGCUAUGAUGUCUAUUCUGUAGCUAAUGAGGAUACUGCUCCUUUUGGACUUCGAAAUGGAACCGCUUGGACAUAUACCAAUGAGAAGGAUUUGAAUGGGAGCAGCCACUGGGGCUUGAUUGCCACAUACAGCGGGGCUGGUUAUUACCAAGACCUCUCGAGGACCAGAGAAGUGACAGCUCUGCAGAUUGCUAGCCUUAAGAAGAACCUGUGGCUGGACAGAGGGACCAGAGCAGCUUUCAUUGAUUUCUCCGUGUACAAUGCAAACAUCAACCUGUUCUGCGUCGUCAGGUUGUUGGUGGAGUUUCCAGCAACUGGAGGCCUUGUUACGUCUUGGCAGUUUCAGCCAGUGAGGCUGAUUCAUUACAUCUCCACUUUUGAUUUUUUCCUGGCAGCCUGUGAAAUGGCAUUUUGUCUUUUUGUUCUUUAUUAUAUGGUGGAAGAGAUCUUAGAAAUUCACAUUCACAGACUGCGCUACUUCAGAAGUCUUUGGAAUUGCCUUGAUAUCCUUAUCAUUGUGCUCUCUGUGGUAGCUGUAGGAAUUAGCAUUUACAGGACAUCAACUGUUGAUAUGCUCCUGAAGAAGCUGCUGGAAGAUCAGAACUCAUUCCCCAAUUUUGAACCUUUGGCAUAUUGGCAAAUGCAGUUCAACAACAUUACUGCAGUCACCGUGUUUUUUGUCUGGAUUAAGCUUUUCAAAUUUGUUAACUUCAACAGAACGAUGAGUCAGUUAUCCACUACCAUGUCUCGCUGUGUCAAAGAUGUCAUUGGCUUUGCUAUUAUGUUUUUCAUUAUUUUCUUAGCGUAUGCUCAGUUGGCCUAUCUUGUCUUUGGCACUCAAAUUGAUGACUUCAGCACUUUCCAGGAUUGCAUAUUUACUCAGUUCCGCAUCAUUUUGGGAGACUUCAACUUCACAGAGGUUGAAGAAGCUAAUCGAAUUUUGGGACCAAUUUAUUUCACUACAUUUGUGUUCUUUAUGUUCUUCAUUCUUUUGAACAUGUUUUUGGCCAUUAUCAAUGAUACAUACUCUGAAGUCAAGUCGGACAUGGCACAACAGAAGGCAGAAAUGGAACUGUCUGACCUUAUCAGAAAGGGCUACAACAAAGCCAUGAUCAAACUUAAACUGAAGAAGACUACUGUUGAUGACAUUUCAGAAAGUCUGAGACAAGGUGGAGGAAAACUAAAUUUUGAUGAACUCCGGCAAGAUUUAAAAGGGAAGGGGCACACAGAUGCAGAGAUUGAAGCAAUAUUUACCAAAUAUGACCAGGAUGGGGACCAGGAAUUGACAGAGCAUGAACAUCAGCAGAUGAGAGAUGACCUGGAAAAAGAGAGGGAGGAUUUGGACCUGGAUAGGAGCUCUCUGCCACGUCCUCUGAGCAGCCGCAGCUUCCCCCGGAGCUUGGAUGACUCCGAGGAGGAUGAGGAUGAAGACAGUGGACACAGCUCCAGGAGAAGGGGCAGCAGCUCUAGUGGGGUCUCCUAUGAGGAAUUCCAAGUACUCAUGAGGCGGGUCGAUCGCAUGGAGCAUUCCAUCGGCAGCAUUGUUUCCAAAAUCGAUGCGGUGAUUGUGAAGCUCGAGGCAAUGGAGAGAGCCAAGAUAAAGAGGAGGGAUGUGUUGGGAAGACUGUUAGAUGGAGUGACAGAGGAUGAAAGACUGGGCCGUGACAAUGACAUCCACAGGGAACAAAUGGAGCGACUUGUGCGAGAGGAGCUGGAGCGCUGGGAGUCGGAUGAUACUGCAUCCCAAAUGAGCCAUCGAUUGGGAACACCACUUGGACUGAAUGGCCAGCCUCGUUCGAGGAACUCUCGGCCAUCUUCUUCCCAGUCAGAUGGUAUUGAUGGGGGAGGAGGAAAUGGGGGGAACAACAUCCACAUGUAGGAUUAACUUCGUCGGUGAUUGCAAAUGUUUCAGGUCAGUAUUCAGCCAGCAAAUACACUACACUGUUUCCCAGCAUGAGGUGAUCAUUCCGAUCAGACCACUAAGGACAAGUUUCACUGGUGGGCAAAAGUAAAUAUUCUCUUCAUAAGUCAUUUUCAGACCUAUGUAAGCCAUGUGUCAUGUUUGGGUUACCGGCAGUGAGACUGUCAGCCAUGGAAACAAAAACGCAGGAAACAGAAUGGAUAUCAGGUGUGACAAAAUCUACUGGGACAGAAAUUUGAUUCCAUACAUGUAUUAUGGGGAGUACUUUCAUGAGGGCUGCAAGCAUCAGACAAAAUAACGUUCUGUGGGCAGCACUCUAAAAUGAAAGGCUAUGAGUCUUCUGCUUUCCCUUGGAAAAUAUGAUUUUUCAAUUAUUUUAAAAGCAAAUUUUAAAAGAAGAUGGCAUCAGUUUAUUUUCUGAUUCCUUAUAACAGCUGACAGUUUUCAAAGAGAGAAAACAGCAAUUUUUUUUUUUUUUAUUUGAGUUGCUAUCUGAUUUUGAGAGUAUUCUUGAUGUACCAGCAUUUUACCUAACAUUUUCCUGUUUCUGAGAAGUACUACAUUUCUUUAAGAAGAAGAAAGUGCACUUAGUUUGUACAAGUGUAAAUUACGUAAUUCUGUAGUAGAAACUGAAUGCAUUGUAAUUAGCAUUUCAGAAGUAAUAUUUGAGAGCUGCCUCUUCACACCCAACUAACAUAAUAAUUUUCAGCUGUGUUGCAAAGUGUCCAUUUUUUAAUGCCAUGUUUUCAUGAUUUAAGUGUUCCUGGGAUAAAUAUUGCAGAGGUUCUAGGGCAAAUAUGGCUACUUUGCAGAAAAUAUAUUAUUUACAAGCACACAAAAUUCAAAAACACUAAUUUUUCUGUGGGUGUGGGAAGGGGGCAGAGAAGUUGCUAACAGCUGGGAAAAUCUGAUCUUGUGCCAUGUGAAGUUCUAAUAACAUCUCAACUCUGCAAUCUGUAUUUAGAUUUAACGGAAGCGCUUGUAAAAUUAUUAGGUACAUUUCUACAUAUGCUUUUCUGCUGAGGUGCAACACGAUUCCUUUGGGAAAGAUGCUUGUAGUAUAAUCACGGAUUUUUAGUAUUUCAUUUCCUCUGUUUCUUGUGUCAUAGAAGCUUUGUUUUUGAAAUUGAAAUUAUGUUGGUUUCCUAUAGAGAGCUUUAUAGAAAUAUAGAAAGCAGUGUUUGGAGUUUUGCCUAGCAACAUGUUUCCAUACAUCGAAUGCUGGUUUAGGAGGGAGGUUGUCAGUGGUGCUUUUUUCCUGAAGAUGGCAGUUGUCUUGUGUUUAAAGACUUAGAGUUGGUGAGAAGGAUAAUGGGAAGCUACACAAUCAAUUGCAUCUUAGCUAUUAGUAGGGUAUAUAGGGGAAAAAAUGCCUAUUUAACAAAGUAUAAGUAGCACAUAUUAUGCUACCUUGGUGCCUUUUGUUUCAAAAAGCAGUUGUUGCCCGGGUUUAGCUCCUCAUUCUUGUGGGAGCACUGCUUAGGCAAAGCUUACAUGAUCCAUAUAUUCUGCACUGGCUGGAUGUGCAGUGACUCAGACUGCCUUUCUUCUAACCAGAGAAUUUGCUAAAACUGAAUAGACUUCAUGCCUUUCCCUUUUUUGAGUUUAUGAGAAACCAUAUGCACAGAAACAUAAUUAAUGGAAGGCGAACAGGAGGAAAUUCAGUGUGGAUUGGAAUUUCAUAGUAGCCUUUUGUAGAGAACAGAAUUAUGUGGGAAAACAGGUUGUGAUUAUUGUGAAGUGUUUUUUUUUCUUUCUGUGGGUUAUUUUGUCUUGUACUAGGAAGAAAUUCAUACUGUUCCACAAGAGUUCCCAUCAGUUUGCCAAAACAGCACAGUGGGUAGGGCAUAUGUGUGGAACGAAGACACUCGGACUAAGCUCUGUCUUCCCUUGAUUGAUCAAAUCUUUGGACCAUAGAAACCUUUCUGAGAAAACUUUUCAGUGUUGAAGUGGCAUUUCUGACUUCAAACAAACAAACCAAAAAGAAGCACUAGCUGUACGCAUGGCCACCUGGUGUGCAAGGAAAAUACCAAAGCAAUUUAAACAUACGGAGGCUUAUCUUUAUAUACAUAUCCAAAAUGUGUAGUGUAUUGGUAUGUGAUGUGAUUUGCAGCUUAAACUUUGAGGCACACUGACCAAUUGCAUGUGUGUAAUAUGUAAUUGGUGUUGGGUUUCUAGGGUCAAGGGUCUAAAUGCUAUGAUAGUAUUUAAAAAUCAAUGACUCUGGCCAAAUGCCUCAACUUGAAUUGUCCAGCAAUCAGCUGGGAUCUUAUUAGGGGUACCCUGUGUUGAGGUUUGUGUCUGUGGCCUGUCAGUCAUGUGGCAUGCAGAGGUUUAUGGCAGCAGGGACUGAGGAGUGUGCAGAAGUGAUCCAGUGGUUAUUUUUUGGUGAGGCAGGGCCUUCCUGGGGGAAAAGAAAGCGCACUUAGACCCGUCAGUAUGGUUUUGCAUGGGCUUCCUGUAAAAAUGUAUCUUUCAAAAUGUAAAUUCAUCUUUUAUUUGUACUAUAUGUUUUAUUAUGAAAAUGUCUGCAUUCAUAGCUUUAUUUGUUGAGGUGUAUUUCUGUAACGUGUCGUUACUUAAUAACAAACUUCAUCUUGAAGUGCAAUAAGUUCUCAUGGGGUACCCCUGUGUGUUGACAGUGGGCCUUGCAGUAAGUGCAUUGCCACUUGAAAAGUGUUACAAAUAUUUUUUAAUACAUCUUUCAGUUUUAGAUUAUAAUAUCAUUUGUUAGUUAUUAGAGCAGUAAGAUUUUUGCAUAGUAAUAUACAGUGUUUGAUCUUAUUAGGAAGCUGUUAAUUAUGCAAUUCUUCUACAAUGAGCAAAAAUGGAUUGAUCUGUAAAACUGAGCACUUUACUUCCUAAUAAACACUUUAUAUUCUCUAUAAACCAAA